UCAGUUUGUAUCUGUCAAUGUCACUGAGCACCACAUGCUAGCUGCUCAAUGUUUUUUUCGAAAAUUUUUGAAUAAAAUUAAAUCGUUAAUAUCUUUAUAGUCAUUUUAUAAAACAUGUCAGAGGUAAAUCCAAGCACAGAAACGUUUACCUGUGUAUCCUGUAGGGUGGCUUUUAAAGAAGCUGAAAUCCAAAGGCUCCACUAUAAAUCUGACUGGCACAGAUACAAUUUGAAACGGAAAGUAGCAGAUCUGCCGCCGGUUACUAGCGAGGAAUUCCAGAGGCGAGUCUACAAUCAGAGAAAUGCGGAUGAAAGUUCCAAACAGGACCAAACUGUUUAUUGUGAUGUGUGCAGGAAGAGUUUCAGUAACAGUAAUGCUUACCAAAAUCACUUGAAUUCCAAAAAACAUAAGGAUAACGAGAAGAAUUAUGAGCCAACUGUUAGGAUUCCGAAAUCCCAAAAUUCUGUAGAAGAUGAUGCAAUGUCAGUGGAAGAAGUUGAUUCUGACGAAUGGGAAAACACUGAUAAUCCGAUUGAUAAUAAUGAUUGUCUGUUUUGCAUGGAGCACAGCAGAAACUUCCUAAAGAAUCUGGAACAUAUGACUCUAAAGCAUUCAUUUUUUAUCCCGGAUAUUGAGUAUUGUACAGAUGUUGAAGGGCUAUUGCAUUAUUUAGGUGAGAAGAUUUCAGCAGGCUUUAUGUGUCUUUGGUGUAAUGAGAAUGGUAGGACUUUCCAUAGUGCGGAAGCUGCUAGGGCCCAUAUGGUCGACAAGGGACAUUGCAAAAUGAUCCAUGAAGGAAUUGCUUUGGCUGAAUAUUCUGAUUUUUAUGAUUAUUCCACUUCUUAUCCGGAUGCAGAAGAUGAAGAUGUCAGUUCUGAACAAGAGGUAAAUGUGACGGAAUUGGAUGGUUCAGACUAUCAGCUAGUGUUACCAUCUGGGGUAACUGUAGGCCACAGAAGCCUUAUGCGUUAUUAUAGACAGAGUGCAAAUCCUAACAAGGCUCUAGUGACGUCGACAAAAGGGGACAGAAAACUGCAUAAAGUGUUGGCCAGUUAUAGGGCUCUUGGAUGGACGGAUACUGAUCAAAAGGCCGUUGCAAAGAAAGCCAGAGACAUCCAUUAUAUGAAACGGAUGCAGUCCAAAUAUAUGACCAAGUUGGGAGUGAAAAAUAAUUUGAUGCAGCCCCAUUUUAGGAGACAGGUUAACUUUUAGGAAUAUGAAGAUACAAACUGUUUUAAUUAAGUUUAAUAAAUGCUUUAAGUCAG